GAAUCAAUCCCGAACAGUCUUAUUUCUAGGCGAUGGAGAAAGGAUGCUAAAGCUGAGUUCAUGUCAUCACCUUCAUCUGAUGAAGUGGCGCUUGAGGUAAUGAGGACAGCCCGUUAUAGUGCUGUAGCUGCUGCGUGCAAUAACAUGUGUCGUGUUGCUUCAGAAAAUGGUGAGUUCUUAGCAGAAAUUAUGGAAGAUAUUUUGAAGUUGACAUAAAAUUAUCAGAAGAAGGUCGAUUGUCAAAGGGGUGGAAGACGUGGAGGUAAUGACAUUCACGAUCCAGAUGUGAUUACGGGCAAAGGUGCUCAACCUAAGAAGCGGUCCACGAGGAAAAGGGGAAGGUGUUCAAAUUGUCAUAGGGUAGGGCACACUAUUAGAACAUGUACUGCGACCAACGGGGCAAAAGAAGAUCAUGCCAUGGACAUUUCAUCAUCAACUGAGAGAGAAGAAGAAAGUGAGAAAGAGAAAGAAUUCACUGGACGUGAUGACAAAAGCGUUCAGCAGACACAGGACACGACUCAGCUGUCAAUUUCCAAUAAUGUGCAAGUCAAACCUCGUCGUCGUGCUAAUGCAAAGAAUCAAAAAGUGAAUAGUAUGACGGUUCAAUCAAAGAAGGAGAUGGACGCGGGGUGUGUGUUAUCCACACAAAAUUCAGCAAAGCAAGCAGAAACGAAACCUGACGGUUCUACCGGUAUACUUCAUUGUGGAACUACUCACAUGGUGCCUCCUGUUGGUAAUGAUAUGCCAAGCCAACCCAACUUUGCCCAUGGUGUUGGUACAUGGAUGGCACCUCAUAGCAUAGGUUAUGGUUAUGGCACUCCGAAUCAUGGAAUGACUAUGCAUCCCUUUUAUGGUUUGGUCCCUUGUAUGCCACAAUUUCCCCAAGUGACAAUCCCACCUCAUGUUGGUGGAGGUCACUCUAAUUUGCUUCGUCAAGUCAUGAACAAUGGAAGUGAAGCAAGUGAAAAGUCAGGACAACCUACACAACUCCGGUGAUGAUUCUGUUUCUCUAUAUUCACUUUGCCAUGGAGGU